AACAUGAAGUUGAUUGUGUUCUUCGCCCUUGUGGCAGUGGCAGCUGCCAAUGUUGUGCCCGCCGAGCAGCCCAAGGCUGUGCCCGUUAAGGAUAUGCCCUUUCCCGGCAAGAUAGAGGGACGUAUCACCAAUGGAUAUCCCGCAUACGAGGGCAAGGUGCCCUACAUCGUGGGCCUGAGCUUCAACGACGGCGGCUACUGGUGCAGCGGAUCCAUCAUUGGCAACACCUGGAUCCUGACCGCCGGCCAUUGCAUCAACUCCGCCAACCAUGUCCUGAUCUACUACGGAGCCAGCUUCCGUCACGAGGCCCAGUUCACCCACUGGGUUAGCCGCAGCGACAUGAUCGUCCAUCCCGACUGGAAUGACUACCUGAACAACGACAUCGCCCUGAUCCGUACCCCCCACGUGGACUUCUGGUCCUUGGUGAACAAGGUGGAGCUGCCCAGCUACAAUGACCGCUACAACAGCUACGCCGGCUGGUGGGUCCUCGUCUCCGGCUGGGGCCGCACUGACAACGACAGUGGCAUGUCCAACUACCUGAACUGUGUCGAUGUCCAGGUGAUGGAACACAACGAUUGUCUCAACUACUUUGGAGGCAACUAUGUCGUCGACAACACCAUCUGCAUCAACUCCGAGGGUGGACGGUCCUCCUGCAAUGGAGACUCUGGUGGUCCCAUGGUCACUCACGAUGGCAACCGCAUCAUUGGUAUUGUUUCCUUUGGCAGCUGGGAGGGUUGUACCGCCAGCAAGCCAGCUGGUUUCACUCGUGUCACUGGAUACUUGGACUGGAUCCGCGACCACACUGGAAUUUCCUACUAAAUAUUUUCAAAGAAAUAAAGUUUUUAAAAGAGCAGCCUGAUUAAAAA